UUCUGUUAGAGUCUCAAGAAUCCAACUCAUGUAAAUUUUUUUCAAUAAAAAAAAAAAAGAAAAAAAAAAGAAUUGAUUCUAGAUCUCGGUGGGGAAAAGAAGGUUCCAGCUACCAGACAAAGCAAUAACUUGCUCAACUCAAACAAUCACUUUAUUGUCUCUCUUUCUCUCUCUAAAGAAUCCUUAGUUACAACGAUAGUGUUAGUAACCACUCAGAAUUUCACCCAAAACUCUCAAUCAAUCUCUUUACUGUAAGCAAUUUCAAAUUUGAAGUCAAACCCAUUCCACAUCGUCAUAACCGUGGAAUUUCACUCCCACUUCCACCAGUAUUUUGUUACUGUCCCUUGUUGUAUGCAGGAUAGAUUUGAGGCGUCUGGACCACUAUGGCGGAUUUGGAAAAUUUACUUUUGGAGGCUGCAGGAAGAACUGGUGGUGCAGCUGGGAGAAAUCGACAUUCUAUUCCACCUUCGAGGAGACGACGUGAUGGCUCGUAUUCGGAUGGUGGGAGUGACUCUAGGGAUGAUGAUUCAGAUGAUGAGCUUAAUUAUCCAAGCAGAAAGCCAUCUGGAUCACAAGUUCCUCUGAAGAAGAGAUUAGAUCCAACAGAAAGAGACGACGAUUUAGGCAGUCAGGAAGAAGCAGACGAUGAUGAUGGGCGAAGUGACCGUGAAGGCGAUAGCAGUGAUGAAUCAAAUAUCGGUGAUGAUCUCUAUAAAGAUGAAGAUGACAGGAGGAAGCUUUCUGAGAUGAGUGAACUUCAAAGAGAAAUGAUUUUAUCGGAUAGGGCUUCAAAAAAGGAUGAUAAGAGUUUAUUGGGAAAGAUAGCAUCAAAACGUGAAAAAGGAAAGGCAAUAAUGACUGGAAAGCAGUCUCCCCCACUGUCAUCAUCUCGCAUGCGUGCAUCAGCCAGAUCUGCUGAUAGGUCAGCCAAGAAUGUAGCAUUAAAUGAAUUGCGUGCAAAGCGGUUGAAACAACAAGAUCCAGAAGCCCGCCGUAGAUUGAGAGAGGCGUCUAGAAAUUCAGGACCCCGACGCUUUUCCCCACCAAAGCGCAAAUCUUUCACAUCAGCAAAUCUCAGUAGUUCAAGCCAUAGCGACAGUGACAGUAGGUCUCACAGUGAUGAUGAAGGGUCAACUGGGGAUGGAGGAAUUGCUGACAGUGAUGAUGAUAGGGCAUUAUCUGGGUCUGAGGGGCCAUCCUUUCAGGAUAUAAAGGAAAUAACUAUUCGCAGGUCAAAACUGGCAAAAUGGUUUAUGGAGCCGUUCUUUGAGGAGUUAAUAGUUGGUUGCUUUGUAAGAGUUGGAAUUGGUAGAUCGAAAACUGGACCAAUCUACCGGCUCUGCAUGGUGAAAAAUGUCGAUUCCUCAGACCCCGAUCGACAGUAUAAACUAGAGAACAGAACUACACACAAGUAUUUGAAUGUUGUUUGGGGAAAUGAAAGUUCUGCUGCUAGGUGGCAAAUGGCUAUGGUAAGCGACUCUUUUCCACUUGAAGAGGAAUUCAAACAAUGGGUUAAGGAAGUAGAACGAAGUGGCGGCCGGAUGCCAACCAAACAAGACGUGUUAGAAAAGAAACAAGCUAUACAAAAAAUCAUCACAUUUGUCUACUCCGCAGAUACUGUGAAGCAGAUGUUACAAGAGAAAAAGUCUUCCUCGUCAAGGCCGCUAAACGUUGCUGCCGAGAAGGAUCGACUAAGGAGGGAGAUGGAAAUAGCACAAAGUAAGAACGAUGAAGCGGAAGUGGAGAGGAUCAAGACAAGAGUACAAGAAUUAGAGGCAUCCAGACAUGCAAAGGUGAAGGAUGCCAAAGCUUUAAAGCUGGCUGAAAUGAACAGAAAAAACAGGUUCGAGAACUUCAAGAAUGCUUCUGAGUUGAGGCCGGUAAAUAUUGGUUUAAAAGCAGGGGAGGCAGGUUAUGAUCCAUUUUCAAGGAGAUGGACAAGAUCAAGGAACUACUAUGUUGCAAAACCUGGUGAAAAGGCCGCCGCCAGAAAGAAUACCACCAAUGUUUUAGUUGCUGAUGCAGGCAGCAACAUAACUGGAGUACCGGUAACUGCAGAGUCCGGUGUGGUGGCUACUGCCGCUGCAUUGGAAGCUGCUGCCGAUGCUGGGAAGUUAGUUGACACAAGUGCUCCAGUGGAUCAAGGAACAGAAUCAAAUUUUCUGCACAAUUUUGAGCUGCCAAUUUCAUUAGCAUUACUUCAUAAGUAUGGUGGAGCCCAAGGAGCUCAAGCAGGAUUUAUGGCUAGAAAACAAAGAAUGGAAGCAACAGUUGGAUUUAGAGUAUCAGAAAAUGAUGGCAGGAGGCAUGUACUGACUCUAUCAGUUGGUGAUUACAAAAGAAGAAGAGGACUUCUUUGAAAUUUGUUGAUGCCGUGCGGGUCCAAUUGAGGUAAGUCCACGAUAUAAUGAUGGAAAGAUGGUUUUUAUUGACUGUAAUGUUGUUGUAACCUUAUUAUGUAUGUUGAACAUUUUAUAAGUGGUCAUGCUUCCACAUGUCUUUAUCUAGCUUUAUUCUUGAACAAUAAAGUUGUGUGAUAAAUGCAAGAUUGUAAUGUACUAUAUGAUUUGAGAGUCGCUUUUAACCGGGCGCUUGGAAGUUAAGAAGAGGACAAUUACUACACGAUAUUUUUCCUGC